AUGAAUUAAGAAGUUGAUUUGUAUAUGAUUACUAUUUUUCAUAUUGACAACAAACUUAAGACUUUGGCUCCGAUAUUUUACUCCAUAAUUUUUGUGAUUUACUUGGGAAACAAUAUCAUUUUUGGAGAGUUAUUGUUGGGGAAGGCUGAACCAUUUCAAUAUGUCACAAUCACUUUAUGUUGUAGCAUUGUGAUCAAUUAUUGCCUAAUAAAACUCUGUUCUCAACAGUAGGUCUAUGUAAGUCAAGAGAUUCAUUUAAUUGGCUUAGGAUUUGCUGUCUUGGUCUUAAGUGCAUUGCUUAGUUAUAAAUAUAAUGUUAUGCCAUUUUAUUCAAUCAUUCUAAUCAAAGGGUGGAUUGCCCAAGCCAUUAAUGAAACUCAUCUUAUGGGCGAAAUAUAUUAAAAGAAGGAAUUGAUAUGCUUCAUUGGUAUAUCUGUUGGAGCAAUCCUUUGCACAUUUGAAUGGACCUUUCAAUUCCUGGGGAUACUGUUCGGAUGGAUUGGAGCAGCAUCGAUGGUACUAAUAGGUCAUAAUUUAAAAAAAGUCAAGAAAGUAAGAACUCAUACAAUUACCCAAUAUGUUAUGAUAUACACCAUAACAGUACUUGGAUUGUAUUAUCCAAUUCAUAAGUUUGGAACUUUCAAUGUUGAACUCGUAACCUAUUCCAUUAUUAAUGGAGUCUUAUUUCCCCUCUGUUGCACAUUGUUUCUACACGCUUUUCAAAUUGGGUACCCCUCAAUGAAUUUGGCUAUUUUCAUGCUCAUCAAUAUGAGUGGUGCUGCCUUACAAAUUGGACAUCAAUUUGAUAUGCUCAGCAUUGUUGGCAUUUGCAUUUGUUUAAUUUCAGUUUCCUACCUUUUGCUCAAUCACAAAUCCUAUAUUGAAGUGGCAGGAUUCGAAAUAGAGGCAGAAGAAAAUCCAUAUUAUGAACUAAAUUAAUAUCAUUAGAGAAUCUGA